UGUAGCUCCUUCUUUCUCUCAAAAAUCUGACCACAUUGCUGGACAAAAUGGGACAAGGAGAGAGUGCAGAACAUGAGGAGGUAGACCUUGCGCAAAUUCAGGACUUGUGCCUGACAUUUAUUAAGGAAUGCCCGAGUGGAGCAUUACACUUACACGAGUUCAAACGGAUCUUCGGAGUACAGAGCACGUCUGAAGAGGAGAACAUCUACAUCGAGACAAUAUUUCACUCCUUUGACACAAACAGGGACAACCAAUUAGACUUCAUGGAAUAUACUGCAGCGUUGCAUCUUGUACUCCGGGGAAAGCUGGAGGACAGACUGAAGUGGUCAUUUAAAAUUUAUGAUGGAGAUGGAAAUGGCCGCCUUGACCGUCAAGAAAUCAGACACAUCAUUAAGAUAAUUUACAAAAUGAAGACCAAGAACACGGAUAUUGGCAUGACUCCCGCUGAAAUGUGUGACAGAAUAUUUGAACUGGUUGAUGAGAAUCAUGAUGGUCAAAUAUCAUUGGCAGAGUUCAUGGAAGGGGCACAGAAGGACGAGUGGCUGAUGGAGAUGUUGAAACUAGACUUUAACGCAGGUGGAUGGGUCAAUCAGAAUCUGAUCAAAACACCAUGACACAAGGAUUCAUUUCACUUGUGAGAUUUGAAUUCAGUCAUCCAUAUAGAUGAGUUUCAUCUAUCAGCAGACAGAAGAGCUCAAGUCCACACACGGGUCUGUUAUUUUUUGUGCUGGUCCUUGUAUCGAGGGCUUCACAAAACAGUGCCAGGAAAUUGAACAAAUUGAGACAUCUGACUCUCUUACUGUGAUGAUGGAUGUGACAAAAGCUGGAAAGAAGGAAGUUAAAAUAUAGAUAGCAUAUUACUGGGCAUUCAAAGAUAAGACAACACCAGCUGGAUCCGUAACAUGUUCUUCAACAAUGAUGCAGCUUCAACACUUUGCAGAUAUUGUGAAAUGUAUGUUUCAUUUGUGCUUACUGGCAAGCUGAUGCACAAGAUACAGUGUGGCAUUAUUUAAUCAGUUAAACCAAAGUCCUUUUAGGCAAGUCCCUCCACUCAGCGGCCAUAUCGCAACGCUUUUUGGG